AGUGGGGGAGAGAAGUAGUCAUAUUGUCUUCGAUAACAAUAAAGGUUAUCGAAUUUCAAUUUUUCGAUAAUAGCUCAGUCGAAAAAAUUCUUUCAGAUGCUACAGAAUAUUUUCAUAUAUAUUUCUCUGCAAUGUCUAGAUCUUGCAAUACCUGCGGCAAAGAAUUUUCUAAACCUGCUUUGCUAAAACGUCAUCAGGUUGUGCAUACCAAAGAAAAAUUGUUUAGUUGCGAAAAAUGUUCUUGCAGCUUCUCCCAGCGAAGUUCAUUGCAACGUCAUCAUUUGCGAAAGCAUGCAAAAACCUUGGCAAAAGAAACCAAGAGCGACGCACUGGGUCAGGAGGUGGAGGAGGAUGCAGAAGGCGAAGUGGCCCAGCAAACUUUGGUUGCUCUCAUCAAUUUACAAAGCCACAUGGAGACAGCUCAGCAGAGUCAGUCUAUUGCAACCCUAGAGGAACAGCCUAUGGUCAGUCGACUGGUGGACAUUAAAGAUAAUUUGCAUCCAAAUAGAAGUGAAAGAGUACUUCUAAAAACACAAUUGAUCCAACGUUCUUUGACGGGCCAACGUUGUUAUUAUGUAUGCGAAUUUUGCGCCAAAGAAUUUUCAAAAACAUAUGACCUAAUACGACAUCGUCGUAUCCAUACCAAAGAAAAGCCCUAUGCCUGCACUGAAAACGAGUGUUUCAAACUGUUUUCCACUAAAGCCAAGCUAAGAGAGCAUCAGAAGGCUUUGCAUUGCCCGCAUCAAAAACCAGAAGUGAAGAAAUUACCAAAGAGAGAUAAAACUCUGGAGAAUUUGAAGUUGCUUCUGCCUCAACCACCAAUUUUGGGUAGUUCCUUCAAGUGCGUCUAUUGCCAGAAAAUAUUUUCAAGAAAAUUCAAUUGCCGCAUACACAUGUUGACCCAUUUGAAACGUUUACUGAAUGCAAAUCCCGAAAUUGACUCCCAAAUUAUUUCACACAUCUGCUCCCAUUGUGGUAAAUCAUUUAUGAAAUCGCAUGAUCUGAGCAGACACAUGCUUAUCCAUUCGAAAAUCAAAUCCCACUCAUGUCAUAUCUGUCUGAAAACUUACAUCCUAAAGUCGACGUUAACCCGUCAUUUAUUAACCCAUAAAACCGAUCAAAUAUCGUUUAAUUGUCAAGUUUGUGGCAAAUCAUUCAAGAGUCGAACAUCUUUGAAUCUACAUUUACGUCUCCAUACCGGCGAACGGCCAUUUAGUUGUGAAAUUUGCCACGAAACCUUUCGUACAUCUGGACAUCGACUUGAACACAUGCGGGGGCAGAGGCAUAGAAUCAGUAAAAUUGAUUUAUAAAAAGAAGAUAUAUUCUUCUUGGUGUAUAUGUUUAUUUCAAAAUACUUCUCCAACAAGUUUUGCACAGAUUUCUUAGGUAUUAAAACCAGGCGAUGAGCCGUAAUGGAAAUGUUUGUCAAACUCUUGACUCUUGGACAAAUCGCUUAAACGUUGCCGCUUAUCGGCCAAUAUAAAGUCAUCUUCCUCAAUCAUCUCGGAGUCACCGCGUUUGCGGCGCAAUUGUUCGACAGCGGGCACCACACACUCCACAGAUUCGUCCAAAUCGUGUGCCUUAUAGACUAGAUAAUGAGGCUCAAUAUAUUUGUUGGAUCUGCAAAAAGAAAAUAAAAACAAGUUAGAAUUUGGUGGAAUUGAAAA